GCCGACUGCACGGACGGGGAAGCCUCCUGGAGAGUGGACUCCCUUUCCUUCUAUAAAUCCGGCUCCUCCCAAUCCAGGAUCUUCCCAGCCUCGCCGCCCCACCACCCCAGCAUUGCCUUACCUUGCCUUGCCUUGCCCUGCCCUCCAUUCCACCUCCACCUCGCCGCCCAAAUCCCCCCACCCAACAAUCCCCCAUGGGGUCGCAGGCCAUCGAGGCGCACCGCGCGGGCGCGGAGGUGUACCGCGGCGCGGCGCUGUGCGCGGAGAAGUCGACGGAGCUGCUGGCAGAGGCGCACCUCCCGCUGGGCCUGCUGCCGCUGGCCGACAUGGAGGAGGUCGGCUACAACCGCGCCACGGGCUUCGUGUGGCUGCGCCAGAGGAAGUCGCUCACGCACACGUUCCGCCCGAUCGCGCGCCAGGUCUCGUACGCCGCCGAGGUCACCGCCUUCGUGGAGGACCGGCGGAUGAGGCGCAUGACCGGGGUCAAGACCAAGGAGCUCCUCAUCUGGGUCACCCUCUCCGACAUGUUCGUCGACAGGGACGACCCCUCCAAGAUCACCUUCAAGACGCCCACCGGGCUCGGCAGGACCUACCCCGUCUCCGCCUUCGCUAAGGAAGGCGCCGGUGACGACGGCGCGGCGGCCAAGCACAAGGAUGAUGCCCCCGCCCCGACCGCCGCCGGUAAGGCUGCUGCCAGCAAGUGAGCUAACCUCACGCCGGCGGACUCUAGCAAGAGCACGAACGAGGGCCAAGCGCUCGAAACCCAGCGACGUGGAAGCGCCUGCGCCGCGAGCAUCCUUCCAGAGCGCGGGGCCAAGGCCAAGCAGAGAAGCAGUGCAAGCAUAUGGCGCGCCGUGCCAGCCUGCUCCUCGCCGCGGCGCUGCUCGUCGCCGUCGCUGCCGCGGCGGUGCCGCCGACGUGCGAGCGCAUCGAGUGCCCGGCGUACGAGGUGGUGGACAGCGCCAACGGGUUCGAGAUCCGGCGGUACACGGACGCCAUGUGGAUCACCACGGCGCCCAUCGAGGACAUCUCCUUCGUCGCCGCCACGCGCACCGGCUUCCUACAGCUGUUCGACUACAUCCAGGGCAAGAACGCGUACAACCAGACGAUCGAGAUGACGGCGCCGGUGCUGACGCGGGUGUCGCCCAGCGACGGGCCCUUCUGCGCCUCCGCCUUCGCCGUGAGCUUCUACGUGCCGGCCAAGAACCAGGCGGACCCGCCGCCGGCCGAGGGCCUGCGCGUGGACCGCUGGGCCGGGGCCAGGUACGCGGCCGUGCGCCGCUUCGGGGGCUUCGUGGCGGACGCCGACGUCGGGGAGCAGGCGGCGCGGCUCGAGGCCAGCCUCCAGGGCACCCGGUGGGCCGCCGCCGUCAACGACGCGCGCAGGGCCGACCCGGCCUCGCCCUACACCGUCGCGCAGUACAACUCGCCCUUCGAGUUCACCGGCAGGGUCAACGAGAUCUGGAUGCUCUUCGACGCGGACGACGACGCCAGUAUGUGAUGCGAUUCCAAGCGUGCUCUCGGGGCACUGAGGCGUUUAGGGAAGGACGCGCAUGCACCUGUGCAGUGCAGCUGUGCUACCAUGAAGUAUUUCGUGCUCUUGUGCGCUAGCUUCGUUUACUUUCGACUUUUCGAGUAAGGAAUAAGGUGCCUCUUGUUGCAAUAAUGAUAAAGCUAAUCCUGCUUGUAAUUACAUUUCGUGGCAUGGCCAUUCCGGCAACAUGUCCAGUAAAAAAAAACUUUUUAGUUUC